CUGGUUCUGAUCAGAUUAUUACGUCUGGCACUUCAGCGGCAUGAUUUCUUCAAAAUAUUCCCUUCAUUGGCAAUAGCUCGAAAUUACAUAAAUUCAUUUGGACAUUUAUCAAAUCAUUACUUUCAAUUCCAUUAAAAUUAAUAGUUGCACGAAAAUUAAAAACAUGAACAAAUUCUUAACGACGUCGCGCGGCACAUGUAGCCGGCUUGUGCAAGGCUACAAUUUUUGGAGAGGGCAUUUAAAUGAGCGCUGGUAUACGCAACCAAGUCGAAGGCCUGGGUUUUUCUCGAAGUUCAUCGACAAUUUAAAGUCUGAAAUGGAUAAAAAUAAGGAAAUGAAGGAAAAUAUAAAAAAAUUCCGAGAAGAAGCACAUAAGUUGGAGCAGUCUGAAGCCCUUCAAUCCGCCAGACAAAAAUUUAACAUUGUCGAGUCUGAAGCACAAAAGUCUUCGAAUAUUUUAAAAGAACAAUUAGGAAGCAUAAAGGACAAAGUCAGUGAUGCAAUUGACGAAGCAAGUAAAUCCGAUAUUGCAAAGAGAGCAUCCAAAUUUUCUGAAGGUAUUUCGAAGACAGCUAAAGGUGUAACAGAUACCAUAACCGAAAAAGGUGAAAAAAUUGGGCAGACAACUGCUUUUCAAGCUAUAUCAUCUACAACGGAGAUGAUUAAACAGGAAAUGGGAUCUCAGAGCAUAAAUUCUAGAGUUUAUCGUUCUCCUCUAAAACUACGAAGACGCGUUGAGGUAGAGCAUGGGAACGACGACCGUGUAGUCGAGCCUAAUGUUGAUGCCACAGGUGUGGAACUACACAAGGAUUCGAAAUUCUACCAAUCGUGGGAAAAUUUUAAGAAUAACAACGCAUAUGUUAACAAAGUGCUUGACUGGAAACUUAAAUAUGAUGAGUCAGAAAAUCCUGUUAUACGCGCCUCUCGCCUUUUGACCGAUAAAGUUUCAGACGUUAUGGGUGGACUUUUUUCGAAAACAGAGCUUUCUGAAACGCUCACUGAACUUUGUAAAAUUGAUCCCAAUUUCGAUCAAAAACAGUUUCUUCGUGAUUGUGAGACUGACAUAAUACCGAACAUCCUAGAAGCGAUGGUUCGUGGAAAUUUAGACAUUCUGAGAGAUUGGUGCUUCGAAAGCACAUACAAUAUUAUAGCAACACCAAUAAGCCAAGCAAUAAAAGCUGGUAUGUACUUGGAUUCAAAGAUCCUGGAUAUCGAAAAUAUAGACUUGGCAAUGGGCAAAGUUAUGGAGCAGGGUCCGGUGUUGAUAGUAACCUUCCAGGCUCAACAGAUUAUGUGCGUUCGUGACCGUUAUCACCAAAUAGUGGAAGGUGAUCCUGAUAAAGUCAUGCGCGUGAAUUAUGUGUGGGUUCUAUGCCGAGACCCAAACGAGUUAAAUCCAAAGGCAGCUUGGCGGCUUAUGGAGCUGUCCGCAAACAGUCAAGAACAAUUUGUAUAAUAAACUUUUACAUGUUAGCUUUUAACAGUUUCACACUUUAAUGCCAACAUGUCACGAACUGUUUCUAGGUAAUUAAUUGUUUCCUAUAUAUGUAGAUACGCAUAUGUACAUACAUACAUAUAUUAGAUGAAAAUAAUUUUCGGUUUUCGCUAGCGAAUUAUCCAAAAACAUUAAAGCAUGAAGAGGUAGGUUGUAGCAAUAAUUUCUUGUUACGUUGGGCAAAUUAAGUUAAGUUAUUAACCACUUUGUAUAUAACUAGUUUAAAAUAAUAAAAAAUAGUAUAGUAUUUCGAUUAUAAAAAAUUUCGGCACCGUUUUAAAUAACUUUUUUGCAUAAUUUUUAAAUCAUGUCCGAGACCUCUAUCGCAUAUUUACGAAUAAUAGGUUUGUUUUUUUUUUAAUUUUCGGGCUAGUUUCGGGCAAAUGACUGGAAGAAUGAAAUGCUCUUACAAAAGUGAGUAAACUGCCCAAAACCACGAGAACGUAAAACC